AUGUACUCCAAGAACUCUGCUGGAGCCGGUGGUGGGACUGCGAGCAGGAGCGGAGGUGGAGGUGCGACUGGCAGAAAGUUUUAUUUCAAGGAUAUCGAUGCUAGUUUGGACACGACUCCUUCGAUUCCAAGGAGGACAGUUUUGAGCGGACUGGGCCAGACUGGUCAUCCGAAGCUGCUGUCGACUCCUGGGUCUUCAGAAUCGUCGAAACGGCAGUCGGCUGCUGCUACUGGUGCGACGGGCACAGGAAGAGAGUUUACUCCGUUGCUACGAACAGUUGCAAAACCUGAAAAUGCCAAGAUUCCUCAGGGGUUUGAGAGUUAUCGAAAACCGGAUCCGCUGCUGUUUGAUGAGUACCAGGACACUGUGAGUUUAGAGAGUUUCGACAAGUCAGCCAUGUACAGCUCGCGAAAGAAGAAACACGCAGGUGUAGAAUCUUUAUUACAGACUAAUCGAGGAAAGGAAAAUAAACUGCUGGGAGAGUCGUCUAUUCCUCUGAAAGAGCAGGAGAAAGUCAUUUAUGAACAGAAAAAUCUUAUAUUUGAUUUACAGCUUCGAAUCAACCUGUUGGAGCAGUGCACACCAGAAAACGUUCACGAGGUGGCUAUGCAAAAUGCCGAUUUGAAACAGGAAAUUAUCAAGUACCGAACUGAACUGGAGUCGUUGAAACUGCGUUUGGAACAAAUGGAGCGAGAAAAAGCUGCUGCUGCCGCUCAACCAGCAAAUGCUUCAACGUCGGAAUCACGAAUCCUGCUGAAAAACCAGGAAAUUUCCGAGUUGAACGAUCGAUUAGAAGAAUUACAAGAAGAGAUUAGUAAACUAAAGGAUACUGUCGAUGAAAAGGACGAGAAAAUCGAUGAGUUGGAACAGGCGAGAAGCGAAUUGGAGCAGGAUCUUGAUAAUGCCAAGGGUGACGAGUCGACUAUUGCAUUGACAAAAGAAUUACAAGAUAAAGUGGACGACCUAGAGAGUGAGGUUGAUAAUCUUCAGCAUGAGAAUCGACAAUUGCUUCGCCAGAAAGAAUCUCUAGAAGACGAUAAUGAAAAGCUGCGGGAGGAGCUCGAAGCAGACAAUACUCAUGACAACAAGGAGAUCGAAGAAAUGAAAAAAGAGCUGUAUAAACUGCGAAAGGAGAAUCGGGACAUGCAAGUAGAUUUCUCUGAUUUACAACGAGCGAAUCAACAGCUUGAAGCACAAGUCAAUGACAAGAACGCCAAGUUAGACCAAGCCCUUGCUGAGGCACUCUCUUACAAAGAAGAUGCGCUACGACAGACGACAAGAGUCCAAGAGCUACAAGAUCUUCUGCAAGACCAAAUGUCAGAGACCGGUCGUGCUGAAGAGCAAGCGUAUGGCGAUGUCCAACUUCUCAAGUCGGAAUUACAGUCCAAAUCGUCAAUUGUAAAGACGCUCGAAAUUGAGUGUGAGGCAUUACAAACAGAGUUGCUAAAUGUGAAGAGUCAGUAUUCUGCUGCUAGUGGUGAGCUUGAAUCUGUUAAGAUACUCAUGAACCGGACAAGUGUCGAUUCUGAAAACUACAAGAAAGAAAGAGACUAUUUCGAACAGAAGCUUCAUGAGACACAGUCCAAGAUGGAUCGUUUAAGCCGACAAGCAAAUGAAUCGAUUAUGGACAAGACUCAUAGUGAGGACAUGCUCGAGCUGAAAAACGAGCUGCGACGAAAGGACCAGGAACUCGACCGGAAAGCCAACCUAUGGCGACAGGACAAGAUGUACCUCGAGGAAAAAGUACAAAAUCUCGAGAGGAUAAAGUCCACUUAUGAAGAACAAGAAAGAAACCUUCUCAAGGACAAGUCCAGCAGUGUUCAAGAAGCCAUCUCGCUAGAAAAGUCUAAGCACGAACAGAACAAGAAGUCACUUGAACUGGAGAUCAGUCAACUCAAAACCACAAUCUCGAACUUGAACGCAGACAUCGAUCAACUUCGAGCUCAAGAAAAGCUCCACAAAACUCUACAAACUGAAUUACAAGAAAAAGAAGACGAUAUAAUGGCAUCACAACAUCAGUUGAUUAUGAUGGAAGAUAUGAAGAAUGAGACGGAAGAGAAGCUGAGUCGACUACGGGUUGCUCAUACAAGUCUAGAGAACACAGUUACUGCAUUACGAGAGGCUAAUGAGACCGAAAGACAGUCGCGUCUCAAGUAUGAGACAGAGCUUCGAGAAGUGCAAGCUGAACUGGUUAAACUUACCCGGGAGAAGGAGUCUAUGGAACUUGCUAAAGAGGGAGUUGAAAACAAGCUCGAACUGCUUGAGAUUAAACACGAGAAACUCAAGGCACGUUUCGACGCAGUAACUGAAACAUGUUCUAAAUUGAAGACCAAGUUAUCAGACAGUCGCUACGACAUGUCACAAAGCAUGAUCCAACAGACGGCUUCAGCCAGUUCGAAGUAUAUCCAGAAAUGCAAAGACUAUGCUCGAGAGAUUCAACGCAUACGAAUCAACGAGCAGACACUUGAGGCUCAAGUCGAGAGAUAUAAAAACCAUGCUAUCAAGCUGAAAGAGCGACUGAACAAUGUGAACUCAACACGGCCAGCUAAAUCGGAAACUCACCAUCAGCAAGAACUCAAGGGUAUGUUAGUACAAAUGCAGUAUCUCAAACAAGUGGCCACCAGGGAGUCACAGUACCGGUCAGAUCUCGAGUUCAUGAAACAGUUUUUCAUGCUCCAAAUCGCCAGCUAUCAGGCAUGCAAUCGAGCCGACCUGGCAAUUUUACAAACCAUGGGCAUCUACCCUGAUUACGACCGGACGGCCAAAAAGCGGCCGAAACUGCAAUCAGUUGCAUUCGUAAUCAUCGCAGCCAUUCGACUCAAGAAACGCUACGAAGUCCGGGACUCGCAGCUCCAGAAGUCCAAUCAGCUGUCAGUCAUCCGUAGCGAAUGGCGACGAAACCGACGACGAAGCACCCAGGCCUGA